UGCCAGGACCUGCCCAGGGCGCGCGUCCCGCCGUCCCCCUCAUCCUCUUCACUCUCCUCGACCCUCUCAUCCCUCCUCAUCUCCCAUCCUUUUCCUACUCCUUUUUCUCCCCCUCUUCCUCCUCCGCCGCCGCGGCCAUGGGGAGGCUGAACGCGGUGAUGCUGCGGUGCCUGUCCCGGGAGCUCUUCAGGGUGCUGACCGCGGUGGAAAUGGGCAUGAAGAACGAUUAAAUAGUUCCUGCUAGUUUAAUUGCUUCCAUUGCCAGCCUUAAACAUGGUGGCUGUAAUAAAAUCUUGCAUGAGUUGGCGAAGCACAAACUCCUUGCUUACGAACGAACUAAAACUGUCCAGGGUUAUCGAUUAUCUAAUGCAGGAUAUGAUUACCUGGCUCUGAAAACUCUCUCUUCCUGACAAGUCAUCACUUCUGCAGGGAACCAGAUGGGUGUUGGCAAAGAAUCAGAUAUUUAUAUUGUUGUCAACGAAGAGGAGCAACAGUUUGCACUGAAAUUGCACCGGCUGGGGAGAACCUCCUUCCUCAACCUGAAAAACAAACGUGACUACCACAAGUACAGGCACAAAAUGUCCUGGCUGUACUUGUCCCGGAUAGCAGCAAUGAAGGAGUUUGCCUACGUGAAGGCUUUGCAUGACAGAGAAUUUCCUGUCCCCAAACCCAUAGACUACAGCAGGCAUGCAGUUGUUAUGGAACUUGUUGAUGGAUAUCCUCUGUGCCUGGAAGAUCCUGCUGUUGUCUACAGUGAAUUAAUGGAUCUGAUUGUCAAACUUGCCAAACAUGGCCUGAUCCAUGGGGAUUUCAAUGAGUUUAAUCUGCUUUUGGAUAAUGAUGACCAUGCCACUUUGAUUGAUUUCCCUCAGAUGAUGUCGGCAUCACAUGCAAGUGCUGAAGGGUAUUUUGACAGAGAUGUUAAUUGUAUUAAGGAGUUCUUUAAGAAAUGCUUCAACUACAAGAGUGGGUUCUUCCCGGCAUUCAAAGACUUCAGUAUGAAGAGUGCAUCAUUGCAGUUGCUGGGCACAGAACAAGGACUAAGAGCAUCACAUCAGUCAGAAGUGUUGGGGGCUGUUCAACCAUUCCCCUGGAGCUGGUGAAACGGAAGAUAAAGGGACAACUGACCAAGCAGCAAAAGUCUGCUCUGAGGCAACGGCUCUAAAAAGAGGAGGCAAAUAUUUACACCAAACAGUGUCGAGAAAAUAUGCACAACAUUAAGUCAAGCUUGGAUGCAGCCACCUUCUGGGAAUAAUUUAUUAAAGCUCCUGUGGAACAUGAGCAGUGUACAGAACUGAAAGAAUUACGCUAAUUUACCUUUGCUAUAAAGGAGCAAUCUCUUCUAUGCAAAGCAGAUGUUUUUCUGGAAACCAAUAAACCUCAUUGUUUUCCUGUGAAUUUGGCUGGGAGAUUGUGUGUUGGAACCCUGGGCUCAGAAAAUUUAGUUUCAUGGGAUACAGUAAUAUAUAUGUAAUAAGAUGGAGGAUUUCGGGUGUAGGUUAGUUCUGCUUUCUUCUUCCUUCUUCUUCACAAGCCUGGGUGAUCUCAUAUUGGUUCAAAAAACCUGCGUUGCCGAACAUGAAUGAUUAGUUAUUGGAUCGUAAGUAAAAAUAAAUUAGUUGGCAUUCCGUAAUUGGGUAAUUUGGGAUUUAAAGGACCUUGGAAGGUAGAACUCUGGGGCCAUUUCCACCUUGUUAAUUUAGAGGCACAUUCCGUGCAGCUGUACCAUAGAUAAGAAGUAAUAAACAUCUGAGUCCCAAGAACAA